AUGCCACCGCCUGGACUGCCCCGGAGCCGACCCCCUACGGCCCGAGGAGCAGCAGCAGGGGAGCCCGCGCCGGACCGGCCGCUGCCAUCCGCAGGCUGCAGGGGACGUAGGCAGCCACCACGAACCCCUCUUCCCCGCGAGACAGGCAGGCAGCUUGGCCCCGGGCUCCGUUCCUCGCAAAGAAAAAGGCUCAGCGUCAAGUUCAAGUUCUUGCCGCAGCCGCCCGUGGAGCGCUCAGCAGCGACGCCGCCUCCUCCCGGGCUCGGGCUCCGCACGUCCGACUGGCUCCGUUCACCCCGAAGCCCCAGGCGAGGGGGCCGGGCAGCCGCUGUCCCCCUCGGGGGGGUAGGGAUGGGGAGCCAGCGCACGGGCACCUGGACGGGCGCUCGCUCGCUCGCUCCUCGGCUCUCGCUUGCUCCGGUCGCCGCCGCCGCCGCCGCCGCCGCCUGGAUCCUGCCGCUUCGGCUUGAACUUCUCCCCAGUCCCCCUUUCCCUGCUCCCGGCGAGGGGUCGGGGAGGGAGCCUUCUCGGCUCCCCGUAUCAACUCUCCUGACAGCGAGGAGGGUUGUGCGAUCCUCUCCCCGCCUCCCCACCUCACUCCCCCUUUCCUACCCCUCCUGGAGCCCGGAGAAAGAGCGAGAGAAAGGGAGUAAGCAACAGCCUGUGCCCGUCCCGGCGGCGCCUCCUGCCGCCUCCGGAACCGCCGCGUGUGUGACACUACCACAGCCAGAGCCCGCCUCCCGCCGGAGCUCCGCCUCCGCGGGCGGGGAGGUUGGCCACGCGCCCUCCUCUCCCUUCCCCCACCUCCCACCUUCCCUUAGGCCACGCCCCCCCCGAUUCAAGUGCCACCUCAUUCACUCCCUGACCUCCCGACGCACGGUGGCGGGACCGGACACCGACACAAAACUCCGCCCCUUGUGCAAAUUAAGCCGUCCGGGUCGCUCCGCCUACCUGACACAUUCUUCUACCCCUCUCCUUAUUCCUCGCGUACGCACUCUCCCUCGCAAAAUCCGUGCAAAAUGUCUUGCACUUUCGGACCUGCUGCGGUUAGGAGUGAGAGGAACAGAAUUAAAGACCUGGAAACGUGAACUCCCAAUAGCAGCAGCAGCAGCAACAACUAGGCAGAGCCUGCUCAGAGGGCACCUCGCCCAUCCCCCGCCUACGCCAGCUGUUACUGAGUCUCCUGCCGCCAGCAUCUUGCACCCUGCUGUUGGACAGGGAGAGAACUCUUCCUUGCGGGCAGAUUAA